AUGGAGGCACUAGGGCUAGAGAGCCGGGGUGAGAGGCCCCAGAGAAGGGGCUGCCUCCUGCUGGCCAUGGUUGGAGCCAUUGUACUGGGGUCUGUGGUGCUAUCUGUGCCUAUCACUGUCCUGACUGUGCUGGCCUUGGUGCCCCAGGAGCAGGGAGGACUGGUAACAGAGACUGCUGAUCUGAGGAGACAGACCCAGCAACAACUGGAGUCCCAGAAGCUGCAUGAAGAGACAGCAGACACUGAUUUCAGCCCGAGGCUCCCGGCUGCCCACCUCAUAGGUUCCUGGAAGACCGGGCAGGGGCUAGGCUGGGAGACCAAGAAAGAAGAGGCGUUUCUGACGAGCGGGACGCAGUUUUUGGGCACCGAGGGGUUGGCUCUCCCGCAGGACGGCCUCUAUUACCUCUACUGUUAUGUCGGCUAUCGGGGCCGGGCGCCCCCUGCUGGCCGGGGCCCUCUUGGCCGCUCCAUCACGCUGCGCAGCUCUCUGUACCGGGCUGGGGGCGCCUACGGGCCGGGGAUUCCCCAGUUGCUGCUGGAGGGCGCGGAGACUGUGACAUCGGUUUUGGACCCGACCGCGACGCACGAGUAUGGGCCCCUUUGGUUCACCAGCGUGGGGUUCGGUGGCCUAGUGCAGCUUCGGAGGGGCGAGAGAGUGUACAUCAACAUCAGUCACCCCGAUAUGGUAGACUACAGGAGAGGGAAGACCUUCUUUGGGGCUGUGAUGGUGGGUUGA